AGUGACUUCGAAAUAGGGAGUAGGGAGAGAAACAGAGUGAUUGCGUGAGAUACUAACAUCCAGUCCUGCCACAGAACAGUAGAAGCAGCAGUAGGAGUGCGAGCAUUGCUGGCGGACGGGACACAGACGAUCCAAGCGGACCGAGGAUUUAAGGGAAUACAUGCUGAAGAGGAGGCAACAACAAAGGGAGAGGAUGGAAUAAAGAAAAAACAAAGGGCAUCGUAUUGCUUCUGUGAGCGCCUCACACUUCUGUUUGGAGCAUCCCACAAGCAGAGCACCAGUGAAAACACAUACAUAUGAUAUAUAUAUAAAAUUCCUAUACAUAUAUAUCAAAUUAUGCCUGUUUUCAAAGAAGCUGCAGCCGGACAACGACUGAAUUGACAUCAAAAAGCUUUAAAAAAUUGGGAGAUAAUAUGCAGCAUUUGCUUAAAACUGUUGCAUAUUAAACCUUUGAUUUUUUUCAAUUGUUUUUCUCAGUAGGGGGAGAUAGGAAACAAAUAGAAAAAUUUUAAAACUGGAAAUUGAGUAACCGAUGCAAGAAUAUUACAAAAGCGCUUUUGCUGUCCUAUGUCCUGCAUUUCCAUAGGGGCUUCUUCUGAAAACAGGAUGUUUUUGGUUCUGCCCUUGGUGCCACACUGCCGUUCGGCUGUCGCAUCACCAAUUGUCUCUGUCGUCUGUGCGGGCUGGGCUAGCUUUGUUCCAGUGAGGCUCAUGCAGGCGCUCUGCUGAAAGUGCAGAGGGCAGUCUGCAGGCUCCCUGACCCCACGUUGAUAUUACCUCAGCAGCGGCAAAAAACUCCUACUGGGUCUGAGAGAAAAGGUUGAGGUAAGCCGAAGAAGAGAAGGACAGAGGUGAAAACACCAAAGGAAGGAUGAUUGGGGGGAGAUUAGGAUAAGAACAUGUAAUGAAAAUAAAAACUGAGCCAUAAAUAAAGAAAGGGAGGGAAAACAAAACCACUGAAGAAGGAGAAGCCAUGUUCCACUCCGAAAUGGACAAAUCAUUUUAACCCAUUAAUCUUUUCUUUUAUGGAGCAGAUCCAAGACAUUAAAAUAAUAGCUUCAGUACAGGAGCCCUUCUUGCUCUCUUCCUCCUCUCUCUUCACCUGUGCACUUGCAGGACAAAACUGAGCAGGCUGAAAGCCAAGAGUGGUGUCCUGGGUUUGUUAGACCCCUGGAUCCAAGGAGAGGAGGGGUCUCAGGGGAGCAACAGCAGUUGCAGCAACCCCGCACACGGCGAGUGAAAAAAGCCAUUGGACCCCUGUGUAUACCACUUAAAAGCUCCAGACUGAUACUGACAGUGUUCUGUCAUCAGGGAGCUGUUUGUGGAUGUGUACGUGUAGAAGUAUGGAUGUGCACAAGUGAGAGAUACCAAGCCCCAGGUGCACUUCUGGACCGUGAUCACCAAAGGAUUCUAGCUUGACGAGAGCUUGAAGUGAUCCUCUAAAGAUAUUUCACAGCUGUUGUUACCUGUUGGGUCUGUGGCUGAAAAUAGAAAGCAACAAAUUAGUUAGUAAAGACGUCAGCAGCUGAACAACUGAAAGCUACACUUUUCAGAGAGGGGAGUAACGUUUACCGAAGUGGAUUACAGUGGCGCCGAAAACAUGGCCACUGCAAAAAUUAAAAAGAUUCCUCUCAACAGUGACAUUGACAGUAGCAGGAUGAUAGAUGCAAGUUAAGACCUGUGGAGGACUUUUUUGUUUUUCUGGACAUCAAAACCCAUUUGACUUCAGUGUUAAGGUGUUAUCCACUCGUGAAUAUGAGUCUAUCUUUGGAAUGAAAAACCAUCCAUGUUGGAACCUUUGCUUAUUGCAAGUUUUGAUUUGCUUUGUCUGCCAGCACCUUUGGGAAUCUACAGAUCUCCCUUUUCAUGGAUUAUUCAUCCACUCUGUGGGGAUGUUCAUUGCUGAAAAUGCCAGGGGCAAGUUCAUUCAUAGGUAAUACACCCUCCUAAAUUGGAUCCUCCUCCCCAAGGGUCUGGAUUUGUCUACAACUGCCUCUGCUGUCUGCUGAAGACUUGAAUGGCUUUGUAAAAGGAGCUUUUUUGGUCUUCUAUCACCUGUUACUUUUCCGAACUGAGACGCUGCAAGAAAUUGGAGUAAGUCCAUCAUGGCCGCUUCGAUGUGUUCACUCUUGUUGAACUUUUCACUGGCCAUGUUACUAGGCCUGACUACCCUGAGCGGACUGAACUCAUGGCCAUCAGGUCAAGUUUCAGCACAGGCAUCUUCCAACAACCAGACCACAGAAUCUCCUGUUUUACCAGAGGCAGCAUUGGCAAUACCAACACCAGAUCCACAGUUACAAACAGAUUCAACCAGUGGGAACCGCUGCUGGGGGUACUAUGACGUCAUGGGCCAGUGGGACCCACCAUUUAACUGUAACGCAGGCAUCUACCUGUUCUGUUGCGGUUCCUGCUUCUACCGCUUCUGCUGCCAGUUCAGAAUCCACAGUUUAGACCAGACCUCCUGUUCCAACUAUGAUACACCUGUAUGGGCGAACACCGGGAAACCAGGAGUACCUGUCACAGAGGUCCAUCAGGAACCAGAUCGGGAUCGAACCCACAUGAUCGUGUACAUUAUCUGUGGGGUGGUGGCCAUCAUGGUGCUGGUGGGGAUUUUCACAAAACUCGGACUGGAGAAGAGCCAAGGAGGUCAAACAGACAUGACAAACUCAAGGACCCUGACGGAGCUUCUGAAGCAACCAGGGGAGGCAGGAGUGGUGGAUGGAGCUGGAAUUCAUCAUCCUAUAGGAACAAACGGCAUCACCGCCAGAGCAAUGCGCUCCAACAAUGAUCACAACCAUUUGAACAAUGCAGCUUUAUCCCCUUUGGGACCUGCCAUGGCCUUGUCUCACCCUCACAAUAACCUGGGAAUUGGCUUCAAUAAGUACACCUCGCUCAAGGCUGUAGACACAGGUGCUAGAGAGUACUACAAGAGCUACCCGAUGGUAGAUUACACCCACCGCCAGUCACCUCCAAUUUUCCAGCCAAUCAACUUCCACCCCAAGGACAAACCCUUUCUCCCACCUCCUGAUGUCCACGUACCUCUGGCCAUCACCAUCAAUGCCUCCCAGAUGCCCAAGCCCAAGAUCUCCAAAACCAACACGCACCCGCUCACCUCCAGCUCGGCCUUCAAAGCGUGGGACCCGAGUAAGAGCCACAUCCCGCACCCGACGGCCACCCACAUGAGCAUCGGCCCGCAGCAGCAUCACCCCAUCCAGCAGCAGCACCACCAGUCGCUGCAUCAGCAAAAUAGCCGGCGCCAGGCUUACUCUAACAAGAGGCAGUUCAGCAUCGAGACGUUGCCCGAGCUCUUCUCGCAGCCGCUGGGCUACGGCCACUCGCCACACAUGCACCCUAAGCACAAGGGACUGGCCACCAACAGUAAGACGGAGGUGACGGUGUGAAUGAACAGAGGAGGGGACGGGACAAAGAAACGGAGUGGAGGAGAAGCUCUCUGAUAUCCUUUAUAUCCACAGCUACGAUGUUGUGUUAGAGCAAGCAAAUAUCACAUCUGGGAUUUUUAUUAACUGCAUUUUCCUCAACAUUUUUAGCUAAAACAAAAAUAACAGCGUGUGUGUAUUGUAAAUUUCUAAGACCACCGGAUCGAAAGUCAAGCGGAUAAGCCGUGAAGGUGACGGAGCAGCAGGUGUCAGCUGUGACCCUUUGAACCUGGCAGCUUUUCUAAAUAAUUGAAUGGCCUCUCGCUGUGUUGACACACCUCUCUGCAUUGUCUCCUCUUGCAUCUCUGUGGCAUUCUGUUCCCCUCUGUAGCACCUGUCCACCACGUUCAAAUGGUCAAAUCCAACACUGAGACUUUAUUUACCCCUAAAUCCAGAGUCCAGACUCUGAGGCUUAGAGAGAGGCUGGCAGGGGAAUGUUUUUUUUGUUUUGUUUUUUUUUCCCUGAAACUUUGGCUUCUCGUCAGCUGAAACAAUAUCAUAGUGUUGUCAGCUCUCAUUGCCCUCCGGUUUUCUGCAGAGUGAGAUAUCAGCCUUGCAAUUCAUACCACAGAGGAGGGCAGGGGGAUGUGGGAACUAUUCAUCUCAAUCCAAAGGCAACCGUGAUGAGGGGGAUCCAAACCGUGUACAGAAUCACACAUGCAUACAUGCACACACUUGUCAAAUAUUAUGAAGAGUUUUCUGCCAUGUCAGAAAGUCUGCAGAAUCCACAUCUCCCCCCUGGAGACAAACAGAAACACAAUUUUCUCUCAAAACACAAAUUGUCAGAGACUUGUGAAAUGAAUCAGUGAGCUGUCUGAUUGUGUGCGGGAGCUUGAUGAAAUGUCUCUUACUCUGAGGAUGUUUAUAGCUGUAAAAUAAAACCACUGAUUCUUGAAAAUGGGACAUAAAAGUCCCAUUUGUCCAUCAAGAUUAUGAUUGUGAAGUUCCCUGGUAGCUUCACAAAUGUGCCAAAAAAUCUGUCAUCUGCAUCUCUGCACCUACAUCCUCUGAUAUUGAUUUUGCUAUUUUCAGUACAAUGGUUUGUACUGUAUAUGCAUGAGGUAUUUAUACGCCUUUGGAGUUAUUCACAUUUUCUCACAAGUGCAAACGUUAUUGUAUUUUAUUGGGAUUUUAUGUUACAGGCCAAGGCUAACUAGGGCAUAAAAUAAAACUAGGGCAAAAUCUGAGAAGUGUG